GCUGUGCCUCAAACUUCAGCCUGACCCUGCAGCUUCUGCCUGUGAAGCCAUGGCACCAAGUGAGGACGAUGGGUCCGUGGAGGAGAAGGAAACCGUCAAAAAAAAGCAGAUCGGCGCGGUGGCCACGGUAUGGCUCACUUUUUACAACAUCGCCAUGACCGCAGGGUGGCUGGUUCUCGCCAUUGCGAUGUUUCGGUUCUACAUGUACAAAGGAACACACAAGGGACUCUACAAGAGUAUCCAGAAGACUCUUAAAUUUUUCCAAACAUUUGCUUUAUUUGAGUUGGCCCACUGCGCACUUGGUAUAGUGCGUACAUCGGUGCUAGUAACGGGGGUCCAAGUCAGCUCAAGAAUCUUCAUGGUUUGGUUUAUUACCAACAGCAUUAAACAGAUCCAGAAUGAGGAGAGCGUUCUUCUCUUCCUGGUUGUGUGGACUAUUACGGAGAUCACUCGAUAUUCCUACUACACUUUUAAUCUUCUCAAGCACGUACCAUACUUUAUUAAAUGGGCCAGGUAUAAUUUAUUUAUUGUCUUGUAUCCUGCUGGUGUAGUUGGUGAACUCUUAACAAUUUAUGCUGCUUUACCGUACGUUCGGAAGACUGCGAUGUACUCUCUGCGACUUCCAAACAAGUACAACGUUUCCUUCGAUUACUACUACUUCCUGAUCGGCGUCAUGUGUUUUUAUGUACCAUUGUUUCCCCAGUUGUAUUUCCACAUGCUCCGUCAAAGAAGAAAAGUCCUGUAUGGAGAAGUCUUUGUGGAAAAGGAGGAUUAGCCCAACAACAUUGUAAAGAAGCCUUUCCACUCUGAGGUUCUUUGAUCUCCAAAGCCUACUCACCCCAAAGGCCUGUUGGUUUCAAAUCCUGGAUAACCUUGUCCCACAUACAACAGACUCUUUUCCAAUGAAAGCAAAACGACCUGGGAUUUACAAUGUUGGGUCAUCUAGUCCUAAAUCGUACCCAACCCCCGUACCCCACCAUUUUUUAUGGAUUUCAACCUUCACCAAAUUUGACUCAUGUUUUCAUUGAGUUUUUAAGGUGCUUUGUGAUCUUUUUAUAAAGGGAGUGAAGACGAAUUCUCAGUCAGUCAUCAGUGAUUUGUCUUAUUUAUUUUUGUACUGUAUCUAUAAUACUGUAUCAGCUACAACAUCUCAGAAUAAAGGGAAAUAAAGUCAAGCUUUUACAUUCUUACCAA